GGUCAUUUCUUGAACGGCAAAGCACUUGCCGGUGACAAGAACAGAGUUAUCUUUCCGUUCACUUUUGGUCAUCUUGCCUUACUUAAUCCUCAGACGAAUGUGCCCCCGUCCAAGGAGAGACUCGAUGGGGUCAUUGAACUGACCGAGUGGUUUCCAGUCUUCAAACAAGUUGCAUGGGACAAAGUAGAAUAUCUUUUUUCCCCUGUGCAUACAGACAAACACUACCGGGUCUACGCUGCUGAUCUAAGGAGUCAGAAGACUUUCCUUUUGGACAGCCAGAAAUCCAAGCCAGCAGUGGCCAAGGUGGAUCACUGUCCCAUGGGGAAAUUGAUAUUAGAGUAUGGGGCUGCUUUCCUUGCAAAGCACAACCUCGAUUUUCCCUUGCAUGAUUGGGAAUUCUUAAUUGCCGAUGUUCCUCAACAAAAAGGAAACGAUGACUGUGGAGUGUUCGCGUGCAUGUUCAUGGAGCACUGGGGGGGGGGGGUCACAUUCCAUCGGAAUACAAGGAAACUUGGCACUUGGAAAAGCACGUGGAGCACCAGCGAGCAUCUAUUGCAGGCAGUCUCCUUCAAUGGAAAUACAACAAAGUAAGGAAUGUCAUUCUUGAGCAGGCAAAGGAGUGGGCAGCAUAUAAGGAGAAAGGGAAGAGAAACUGAAACUUACCUCCUUAUGUUUCAUGGGACAUAUGUUGAUGUUUAGGUAUUAAGGUGAUUGGGUUAUUUUGGGAAGUUUUAGAGAAAAGGAGACACUAACUCUAUCCUGAUUGCUCGCUUUAUUAGUAUAAGCUGAGUGUGUUAUUUUGGUAACAUUUGUACAAAAGUAGACACUAACUAUGUUGAUGAAAUUGCUCGCUUUAUUAGUUUAUCAAGGAUG